AUGCAGCACGCUCUAAAUCGGCCUGAUCUAAGCAAAACCUCUCAGCGCUUUAAAUCCCCGCCCCCUCUCGUCGACAUCAAGGAAGCAUCACCACGAAAACCCCUUUUUCUCUCGCUUUCCAAUUACCUCGUUUUGGAAUUUUCUCUGUUCGAAAUGAAGCGACCCCGUGAUUUCGUCAAGAAGCGGGUACAGAGAGUAAAGAGUGCUGUCGAGACACAACAACCUACAGCCUCUGCUGCACAGGAGACACCGAUAACAGCAAACCCCGCCGCUACGGCUGAAGCACCUGUACAGCCCCGGAUAGAUACAAAAAUUAUCAACAGUGAUAAUGCGCACGCCGCGAUUUGGCAGGAAGCUCUGGAGACAUUGCAGAAAGAUGACCCAGAAAAGUACCAGGUCCUCGACAAAGUAUACAAGAAUGCCUACAUUUCCAAGAACGACAAGGCUAGCAGACUGUUAGAGCUGAGCGAAAGCAAACCAGAUUAUAGGAGUCUGUGGCUGAGAGCGAAAGCCGCCGGCCCAAGUGUCAGCACGGUCAGGCAGGUCGCGAUGACCAUCGCAGGUGUGGAUCAUCAUCAGACAGCUCCCAUUGUGGUUGCGGCCACCUUUUUCGUUAUCGAUGUCAGUGGUCUACCACCUGCCUAA